AAAGGAUCUAGAGGUGGUUAUGCUGCUCCUUCUCCAUUUACCUCAUCCCAUAAUUCAGGUACCUUAUUCUUGAGGCCACAGUCUCCUGCCAACUUUGUAGGUAGCGGAUCUGGUAGUGAUUUUGUGUAUUCGCCGUCAGAGCCGGGUGGUGUAAGUAGUUCAAGAUCAUGGUUCACAUAUGAAGAACUUAUCCAAGCUACAGAUGGGUUUUCAGCACAAAAUUUGUUGGGAGAAGGUGGAUUUGGUUGUGUCUAUAAAGGUUUGCUCAUAGAUGGAAGAGAAGUUGCUGUGAAACAGCUCAAAGUUGGUGGUGGACAAGGGGAACGUGAAUUCAGGGCAGAAGUGGAGAUUAUUAGCCGUGUACACCAUCGUCAUCUAGUUUCGUUGGUUGGUUACUGUAUAUCUGAGCAUCAGAGAUUGCUUGUAUAUGACUAUGUUCCCAACAAUACUCUUCAUUACCAUCUCCAUGGUGAAAAUAGACCAGUUCUGGAUUGGUCUACUAGAGUCAAGGUUGCUGCUGGUGCAGCUCGUGGAAUAGCUUACCUGCAUGAAGACUGCCAUCCACGCAUUAUUCAUCGAGAUAUCAAGUCAUCAAACAUCUUGCUUGAUCUUAACUAUGAAGCUCGAGUUUCGGACUUUGGGCUUGCAAAAUUGGCAUUAGAUUCAAAUACACAUGUAACUACACGUGUAAUGGGAACCUUUGGGUACAUGGCACCAGAAUAUGCAACAAGUGGGAAACUGACUGAAAAGUCUGAUGUAUAUUCCUUUGGGGUUGUGCUUUUGGAGCUAAUUACAGGUCGGAAGCCUGUAGAUGCAUCUCAACCAAUCGGUGAUGAGAGCUUGGUUGAAUGGGCCCGGCCUCUGUUGACGGAAGCACUUGACAAUGAAGAUUUUGAAAUUUUGGUGGAUCCAAGACUGGGAAAGAACUAUGAUAGAAAUGAAAUGUUUCGGAUGAUUGAAGCUGCUGCAGCCUGUGUACGGCACUCCUCGGUGAAGAGGCCACGUAUGAGUCAGGUGGUGAGAGCUUUAGAUUCCUUAGAUGAGUUUACGGAUCUCAACAAUGGCAUGAAACCAGGGCAGAGUUCGGCUUUCGAUUCUGCACAGCAAUCUGCACAAAUCAGAAUGUUUAGAAGGAUGGCUUUUGGGAGCAAUAGUUCAUCUUUCUUCAAUGAGUCUCAGAGUAGCUGGAGGAGUAGAGAUCAUGACUCAACAACUAAAUUCUCACAAAAUAAAUCUGGGUCUUGGAACGUUUGA